UAAAGGACGAAAGGUGAAACAGAGAGAGACAGAAAUAGAGAGAGAGAGAGAGAGAGAGAGAGAGAGAGAGAGAGAGAGAGAGAGAGAGAGGGACAGAAGAUAUAGUAGGAGUUCUCCAGCGAUGGAAGAAAGGCAUGAGUCAGACCGAAGACAUUCUAGAGAUAGAGAUAGAGAUAGAGAGAAAGAGAAAGAGAGAGAGAGAGAGAGAGAGAGAGAGCAAGAGUCAAGAGAGAGACUGAUCUCCCUUUCUCCUUCUCUCAAAACCAGUGUCGUUAACUCGUGCUUUUUCAGAUCCAACUGGCCUGUCAAGUUCACGAAUAAAAUCACGCAGGUAAAAUUAACUUCUGACUGUAGCAAGAGGCGGAGCCGCGUUCCACUGAGAUGAGUACCCAACCGUUUGUAAGCAAAGAGUUGCAUGUUCAACCAUAACGUCCCUACAUCCCUUUCUAUCCCUAUAUCUUUCCUUUCUCUCUCUUUCUCUCUCUUUCUCCCCUUUUUCUUUUUUUAUUCUUCCUUACACACUUACAUUCGUCGAGGGAUGCAAAUAUAGGUAUGUAUAUAUGUAUGUGAGCGAGUAUAUAUAUAUCUUGUGAGCGAGUUUGUGAGAAAAUUUGAACGAGUAAGUCAGAGAAAAGCGUGAGAACUGCGCACCGAAGUCAUGCUACAGUGAGUCAGGCCUGAGAAAUGCUGAGAAACAGGAGGGAAAAAGAUGACAACGACGACGACAACGACAACGGCGACGGCGAUGACGACGACAACGACGAAAACUUGUUCGGUGAAUAAAGGGCUGCAUAUACCACAUCCACAUCCAUCUCCACUUCCAUCAUGUCCACCUCCGCAUUUAUUUCCCUACUUGCGAAACAUCAUCCAUGUAUACCUAACUAUGUUAAAUCUAACUGUGUUAACCCUAAUUAGUCGGGAAAUAAACUUGUUCUGUAUUUUUUGUUUUCGCUUCUCUUUUUUUUUCGAAACGAUAAAUAUAAGAUUAUGCUUUAGAUUAGAUCUACAAACUUGUCAAGAAAUGUUACUUGAUUUUAAUGAUAUUUAUUAAUAAAAUUCUGCAUUGUUCGAUCAAUUUGAAAUUAUUAUUUUUUUCCCUUCUUAUAUACGAUUUUUCAAUAUGCAUGGUUAUGUAUGUUUCCUACACAUUUAUACAUACAUACAUACAUACAUACAUAUAUACAUACAUAUAUACAUACAUAUAUUUAUAUAUAAACAUAAGUCGCACGAAGCGAUCCCACUUUCUAUUUCACGCAGUAAGAAGGAAGUCUCCUUCGUUUGUACCUUAUAUACGAUGGAAUCGUAUUUACAUCGACACGAGUGUGCGCAUGUGAUGUGUUUGUGUAACAUUUAUAUCAUAAACACUUCCCACGUGCUUAAAGCUUACUGGAAAAAUUUCUACAGCGGAAGAAAGAGAGAAAGAGAAAAAGAAAGAAAGAAAGAGAGAAACAAAGAGAGAAAGAGAGAGAGAGAGAGAAAAGAAAAAAACAAAAGUAGUGUUCGAUAGUUCGUCGAACUCGCAAUUUUGUCGCGAACUUUCGAUAGAUAGCGCUUGUGUCGCUGAAAGUACAUGGACCGGAGAACGGAAUAGAAAAUCUAAUAAUUAACUGUUAUUUUGAUACUUGAUUAAGAUUAAAAGUGUAUAAAUAAAUAUAAAAAAAGACAAAAAAAUAAAGAAGAAGAAAAAGAAAAAAAGAAAAAGAGAAAUGAUAUUAAAUCUAUUGAUAUCUAAUUAAACUACGUAAUAUCUAUUGAAACUAUGGUUGGAUUAUAUCAAGAUUCUUAUGAUUUCAAAUGAAGUUAAACCGAGCAACGGGACGAAGCCGUACCAGUCGGAACCGUUCGAUGAGAUAAUCAUAAAAGGGAGUGUCCGAUCAGUUCGAGAAGGGGCGUUACACGAUGAUGUGUUUUCAUCGAUAUCCGUUAUCUAUUGACUAGAAAAAGAGUUGUAUGUAGAUCCUUUUUCAGUAAUACAUCCCUUGAACUUACUUCAGAAACUCUUAGAUCAAGAGGAACACUCCUGGAAACUCGCCAGAAGCUUUCCUCUUUAAAUAGUACGAACGUCGAAGUAGUUGUCCAUGCGGUCUUGUUUCCUUUUUUAUAGAGAAGGAAGAAAGGAGCGCACGCGCGUGUGUGUGUGUGUGUGUGUGUAAGAAGAAGAGAGAGAAGGGGGAGGGAGAGAGAGAGAGAUUAAGAAAAGAAGAGCAACGCGUGCCAGAGAUCCUUUCCUCGUUAUUCCGGAUCAACAUGCUCUCCCCUUCUUAACUCAAUGCACCAUUGGAAAGCAUCAUGUGAAAUCGGAUCAAGGAUUCGUCGUUGAUCGAAGCGUGACGUCACGGAUUGUAUUCGUUACGAGGAAGAAAAAUCAUGGACGGUUUUGAACUGAUAUCGCAAGGUGCCGAAGCGUGUCUCUACAAAGGGACAUACUUAGGUAAAUCUACUAUAGUUAAAGAGAGAUUCGUCAAAGGUUAUAGACAUCCAGAUUUAGAUAAACGUUUAACGAAAGAUAGAUUAAAAGCCGAGGCACGGGCUAUUCUUCGUGCUAAAUCUGCAGGCAUACCGACACCUGCGUUAUAUCUGAUCAAUUUGGAUCGCCGUACCAUCUAUAUGGAGCAUAUGGAAAAUACAAUAGUUUUAAAAAAUUAUAUUGAUGAAAAUGUAUCAGAUAAAGUUAACGUAGAACAUAUAAUCAAGUUUAUAGGAGAAGGAUUAGGAUUAAUUAUAGCUAAACUGCACUCAAAGAAUAUAAUCCAUGGAGAUUUGACGACUUCAAAUGUUCUUUUGAAAAAUAUUUCAGAUGAAACAUGGACCAAGAAUGAAGCUUUAAAUCAUUUUGUUAUGAUCGAUUUUGGAUUGGCACAAAUUGAUUCGACUGUGGAAGAUAAAGCAGUUGAUAUAUACGUUCUUGAAAGAUCUUUGCUUAGCGCUCAUUCAGAAGUAUCCACUCUUUUUCCACUGAUUUAUGAGAGUUAUCAAAAACAUUAUGCGAAUAAAGCUCAAUGCAAGGAGAUAGUUAAUAAAUAUGAAGAAGUACGAGUUCGCGGACGCAAACAUUCGAUGAUUGGGUGAUCAUUAAUGGAGUUGUUUGUUAAAUUUGUUUUCCUUCUUUUGUAUUUGUUUUGAAAUACCAAAAAAUGUACUUGCACCUAUGAGUUUUACUUGUAAAAUUGUUUUACUAUUCUUUUUUGUAACAAUAAAAAUAUCUUUUUAUUAUCAAACAAUCGACGUAACUGCAAAAGUUAGUGUAUCAAGAAGAAACUAGUUCAAUAUAGUUAUUUAAUACGAUAAAAAGGCUUGUAUAUACAUAAUUCAUUCUUGUAUAACAAGUAUUAUCUACGGGUAAUAAAUUGCAAGAAGAUA